AUGGUGGACACUGUUUAUUACUUGGACGAAGGUUCGAAGGGAUCCUCAACAGGUUUUGCUGGAUUCGUUACCGCUGGAACGAAUAAACUAAUAACUGUUUCGGAUUCGGCUCUGGAACUGGCUAAACGUCGUUUGAACGCUACGCUAGAAGACGCUCCCCAAAGUGAGUGGUCCGUAUCCACUUUGGAUCUUCGCCGUCGGUCCACGGCAGUUCCGUAG